AUGGCAAACAUUGUACAACGGCCCCUGAACCGCUUUCGCAAGAGUGACUCCUACAAGCCCCUUCACGAACGGUUUGGGGAUGUAGCAAUCUCAGCCCCGACUGAGGGGUCAUGGAAUCAACUCGAGAACCCUCACCAUCCUUCCCACAGAGGUUAUGGCCAUGGCCUUGCCAGAGGCAAUUCUACCAGGUCCUCACGGGGGAAUUACGAUACAGCCUCUGCUCCAGAGAAUACUGUCCCAGCUAGACAGAAUUCUUUUUCUAUGAGCACACUGAACCCUCGUCGUCUUUCGAUGCGUUUGGCUCCACGGUCAAGGAAUUCCACCGAGGAUCCAAGCGAAAAGGAGCAUCUGCACCACAACGACCGAAGAACCGAGUUUGCCUACAGGCCUAUUCACCAAGACUACUCUACUGAGGUGGCUGAGAAAGCGGCUUCGCGUGCUCAUGAUUCACCUCGUUUCCGGUAUAUCCCAGCCGAUGCACGGGCUGCAACCAUUUCGCCUGGAAGCCACAGAUACUCAACGAGUUCGCAACAUAGUAUGCAGUCCAAUUACGCCGGUAUGGAGGAUUGGGAUAAUCGACCCAGACGACAACAGCGGGAUUCUCGUUAUGAGGACAAAUACGAUCACUAUGUUGAACCGCUCGAGAGGUCUCACCGGUCAUCUCGGACGGGAUACAGAACUAGUGGCGAGUAUAGUGAGUGGGCGAUGGCAGCACAAAUGAAUGCGGGUUCAUCGUUGGAGAAGAAGAAACUUCGUGCUGCGAAACGUAUGACCAUGACCAUGAAUGAUCCAUGGGGUAAGCAAGGAACGAACUCGUUAGCUGGUCAGCUUUGGUCUAAAACCCCUAAGAACGGGGAUGUAAAAGAUGAUCAAACAUACUCCGAGAUGUGGAUGGGCACAUACCCAGCUGUCCCUUCUCGAAUCCUUUCAACAGGCGAGCUCCUCUCCGAGUAUCUGAAGAAGAACCCACAGCUCGUUGGAAAAUCAGCGCUGGGUAAGUAUGGGCUAGAAAUUCCGUUCUUGCCGAAGAUCCUCUCAUUCAGAAAAGCGCUUCCUCUCCAAGUCCACCCAGACAAAUCACUAGCAGAGCAACUCCACAAAGAAAACCCAGAUCAAUUCAAUGACCCAAAUCACAAGCCCGAAAUCGCAGUCGCGCUGUCCAAUUUCGAGCUCUUCGCUGGCUUCAAACCCCUUAGUGAAAUCGAAGCGAUCAUGAAGCUUAAGCCAGUUGAGCAAUUAGUACCCUCCAAUCGGCCAUUCGAUGAUGCACUACUACGGGAGCUUUGCAAGACGCUCCUCACUUUGCCCCCAAUCGUUGUCUCGGAGAUCAUCCAGAGCCUUAAGGAUCUCCCGGAAGCCCAGUUCGGAAAGCAUCGUUAUAUCCCUGGGAUGCUCGAUCGGCUUAGCAAGCAAUACACCGAGUUCGAUAACGGUAACCUGGUUGCCGUGCUGCUGAUGAACUACAUGACUCUUGGACCUGGAGAGGCUGUCUGUGUACCUGCGGAUAGUAUCCAUGCGUAUCUCUGUGGUGACAUCGUUGAGUGUAUGGCGCGGUCUGAUAAUGUGAUUAACACGGGUUUUUGUCCGCGUGCAGAACGCGAUAACAUCGAUUUAUUCACGCGCGCACUGACCUUCAAGCCACAUGGAGUGGACGAGGCUCUUUUGCCGCGGAGAAAGAGUGACAAGGGUAUCUCUGGGAAAUCGGAUGAGUAUACGCCUCCUUUCAGUGAGUUUAACGUUUUAGCGACUAGUCUGGGAGCUGGAGAGCAUGAAACACACAAGGCUAUUUCUGGCCCAAGUCUUUUAUUUGUCACCAAAGGAUGUGGGCGGCUAGAGCUGUCCGAGGGAAAAUCUGUCAAAACGUUCGACCUGCAGGAGGGAUAUGUAUACUUUGUUGGACAAGGUGUGAGUCUGGAUCUGUCUACGGACAAAGGAAUGGCUGUGUAUCGACCAUAUGCCGAGUGA